AUGGCUUCCUCGCCACCGCUCCCUAAGAAGAACUCGGAGUACCGAGAGGCCCAGUAUUGGGACGAGCGCUACCGGCACGCACGGGACACCGUCCCCUACGAGUGGUUCGGCGACUUCGAGGCCUUCCGGGACCUCUUGGAGCCCGAGCUGCAGCCGGAGGAUCGGAUCCUAGUGCUGGGCUGUGGGAACAGUGCCCUGAGCUAUGAGCUUUGGCGCGGGGGCUUCCCCAAUGUGAUCAGUGUGGAUUACUCUCCAGUCGUGGUGGCUGCUAUGCGGGACCGCUACGCCCACGUCCCCACGCUGUGCUGGGAAACGAUGGAUGCCCGAGCCCUCGGUUUCCCCAAUAGCACCUUUGAUGUGGUACUAGAGAAGGGGACCCUGGACGCUCUGCUGGCCGGAGAACGAGACCCCUGGACAGUGUCUGCCGAGGGUACCCAGACUGUGAAGGAAGUGCUCAGUGAGGUGAGCCGGGUGCUGACCCCUCAGGGCCGCUUCAUCUCCCUGACGGCGGCAGCUCCUCACUUCCGUGCCCAGCACUACGCUCAGCCUGACUACGGCUGGUCUCUGCGCCAUGCAUCCUAUGGCAGUGGGUUCCAUUUCCAUUUCUACCUCAUGCACAAAGGGGGUGAGCUGAGUGCAGCACAGCAGGCCUUGGGGAUCCGGCUGCAUGCCCCCCCCAGCCCCCCACCCUCACCCCACUUCCUCCAGGAUUCUGACCAGGAAGACUUCCUCAGUGCCAUAGAACUCUAAGGGCCGAUUCUGGCCCCCUCGGCCAAGACCGACUGCUUGGAGGCUGAAGAUCCUGGCCCUGGAUGGGGGCCUGCUUCAGGCUGGGACCCCCUGGGGGUCCAGAGGCUGGCCUGGGCCCCUCUGCUUUCCAAGCCCCCCCCUCCAUCCCUUCUGGCAAUCACUGGUUUCUCUGCUCAGGCCCCCCUCCUCCAGCCAGACUUUCUGCAUUCCCAAGAUGAGGUCCCUGGGGCGGCAGCCUGGCACAACUCUGACCUCUUCAGUGUGACUUAAUGGAGUCAGGAAAAACCUGGUCUUGGGGCCCCCCCUGGCUGGGUGGUCUGGGGCAAAUCCUCAGUCUCCUCAUCUGUAAAAUGGGGGUCCCUACCUCACAGGGUUGUUGUGAGGCUCAAGUUAAAUCGUGGCUGGAAAUCCU